AUGCCUCCCUCCGCCGUCAACAACAAUGGCAGCGCCGCCCCUGCGUCGCACAGCGCCUCCCAUGGUGCCGCCGACGCGACGCACGCCUCCAGCGCCAAACAGUCCAGGUCGCGCACCACCAUUCCCACGCAGUCGGGGAAGUGGAUUUUGGGCAAGACCAUCGGCGCCGGUAGCAUGGGCAAGGUGAAGCUGGCUCGCAAAGAAGAUGGCAGUGAACAGGUUGCCUGCAAAAUCAUUCCCCGCGGCUCUACCGAUGACGGCCACCAGAGCCGGGCUGAAAAGGAGCGCGCGGAUCAGUCCAAGGAAAUUCGAACUGCCCGCGAGGCUGCCAUCGUCACCCUUCUCCACCACCCUCACAUCUGUGGCAUGCGGGAUGUCGUCCGUACAAACUACCACUGGUACAUGCUCUUUGAGUACGUCAAUGGCGGCCAGAUGCUCGACUACAUCAUUUCCCAUGGCAAACUCAAGGAGAAGCAGGCGCGCAAGUUUAGUCGCCAAAUCGCCAGCGCGCUCGACUAUUGCCACCGAAACAGCAUCGUGCACCGCGAUCUGAAAAUCGAAAACAUCCUCAUCAGCAAGACCGGCGACAUCAAGAUCAUUGACUUUGGCCUCAGCAACUUGUUCUCGCCUCGUGGUCAUCUCAAGACGUUCUGCGGAAGUCUCUACUUCGCCGCUCCUGAGCUGCUGCAGGCAAGAGCAUACACGGGGCCCGAGGUUGAUGUGUGGAGCUUUGGUAUCGUCCUCUAUGUUCUUGUCUGUGGUAAGGUUCCUUUUGACGACCAGAGCAUGCCUGCUCUUCAUGCAAAGAUCAAAAAGGGGCUGGUGGACUAUCCGAGCUGGCUUUCAAAUGAAUGCAAACACCUCAUGUCCCGAAUGCUGGUAACGGAUCCCAAACAGCGAGCCACCAUGCAGGAAGUUAUGAACCACCCAUGGAUGGUCAAGGGAUUCAGUGGCCCCCCUGACAACUAUCUUCCCGUUCGAGAGCCGCUCACUACCGACCUGGACACAGAAGUCAUCCACGCCAUGCAGGGAUUCAACUUUGGCUCUCCUGAGACCAUUCGUGCUCAGCUUCUCAAGGUCAUCGAGUCCGAGGAGUAUCAACAGGCCGUCAAGGCAUACCAACGCGAGAAGGAGCAGCCGCAGCCCGCCAAAGACGGCGAGAAGAAACGCGGCUUUGGCUUCGACUUUUACAAGAGGAGAAACUCCAACAGCCGCGACACCCUUAGCGGCCCAAGCUCCGAGGCGUUGCAGAUUGGCGUUGACCCCCUCAAUGCAUUCAAUCCUCUAGUCUCUGUUUACUACCUCGUCAAGGAGAAGCAAGAUCGCGAGCAUGCGGAGAUGAACCCACCGCCAACUACAUCACGCGACAAAGAAAAGGAGAAGGAGAAGGAGCAGCGCGAGCGUGAGCGUGAGCGUGACAAGCUUCCUGGAGGCGUGCCCGAUCUCGUACCUCCUCAAGCAGCCCAUACCAAUGCCGCAACGUACGAGAUGCCGGGUGAGAGACCUACGGGUGGACGAACUCGACCUCGGGCUCGUACACACGGCGAAGACGAUGCGCCGGACCUGGUGAAGCAGCAGCAUGUGCCUGUAGUGCCCGAAACAAAGGCUGAGCAGCUGCAAAAGAAGGAGGGCACCGCUGCCGGCCUGCUCCGCCGCUUCAGCACUCGGAAACGCAGGGAACCUGAUCGGUCGGAGAAGGAGAGAGAUCGAUCUCACCCUCCCGUGGUUCACGUUCACUCGCCCCCCGAGGCAGCCCCUACGGCGCCCAGGAAGAGCUUCAGUAUUCGACGUGGACGGCGAGAGCGUGACGACCAGAGUCGUCCUGCGCUACCCUCUGGUGGCAGCCACCCGCAACAUAGCGAGCUUCUGAGCCCCCCGAUGUCUGCCGGUGGCGUUCGAGGAUCGCGGAAAUCUGGUCUUGGCCGAUCGACCAGCGUUAACUCAGCGGACCUUCGCCGACGAGACAACAGCAGCAUGUCGGCCAGAGAGCCGCCCCUGACAAGCGGCUCAGACCAAUCCGAUGCAAACGAACAGUCCUCAACGGUCCAGAGAGGCCAUGCACACUCGCAGUCCAUGGCAAUGAGAGCGAAAUCACUGGGACAUGCGCGGCGUGAGAGCGUUCAGCAGCGUCGGCUCCGUAGAGAAGCCGCCCAGGAAUCCAAUGUGCCCGAGGAAACGGAUGUGGAGCAGGAACAGAGCGGCGUUUCCACUGAUCGAUUGGAUAGCGCUGAGUUGGCGAAGCCGGUCUACCUCAAGGGACUAUUCAGCGUUUCGACCACUUCCGGGAAGUCGGUUCCGGCCAUUCGUGCCGAUAUCCGAAGGGUUCUGAAGCAGCUCAACGUCGACUAUAUCGAGAUUCGAGGAGGCUUCAGCUGCAAGUACACGCCAAGCAUCGACUUGAACAGGGUACAAGAUACUCCAGGCAGCCCGCCUUCACAGAACCCUGGGCACCGCCGGCGUUUCAGCUUUGGUGGCCUCAUGCGAGGCGAAGACCGUGAUCGCGAGGAUAUUCGCGACAUCGAGCGAUCUUCCGCGGCCCCAAGGACCCCUGGACGACAAGACCGGGAUCGCAACCGUGACCACAGCUACUCCAACUCCGAAGAAUCGGUGGAUAGCAUCCCCCGGAGGAGCGGAGGAGCAUCGAGGCGCGUGCCCGGAGAGACGACGACGCAGGUGCAGAGCGACCUGGGAGGCAGCAUGGUGAUGGAAUUUGAGAUUUUCAUUGUCAAGGUUCCUCUGCUCUCUCUGCAUGGCAUCCAGUUCAAGAGAAUGACUGGAAACACCUGGCAGUACAAGAAUAUGGCCGAACAAAUUCUCAAGGAACUGAGGCUUUGA